AUGGAAAAGGUGACAAUCCUGCAGGAAGAACCUGUGAUUGUAAAAUCAAUGCCGGGAAGACGAAAUACACAAAACCCUCCCCAGAGAGGUCCUCUGAGCCAGAAUGGCUCCUUUGGCCCAUCCCCUGUGAGUGGUGGAGAACGCUCCCCUCCACUGACAGUGGAGCCACCUGUGAGACCGCUCUCUGCUACUCUCAGUCUAAGAGAUAUGCCUAGAAGUGAAUUUGAUCCAGAAUCUGGUACAGCUGCCAUGAUGGACAACAGCUCAAGAGGCUCUUCCCCUACCAGGGCGAUGGAUGAAGGCAAGCAAACUGUUCUCCAAGAGCCUGAAGUCCCCUCAGUUCCCAGCAUUACAUCUUCAGCUGAGCAUCCAGUAGCAGUGAAUAUGAUUCCAAAAGGGCCCCCUCCUUUCCCAGGAACCCCUCUUAUGAGCACCCUCAUGGGAGGCCCUGUACCACCACCUAUUCGAUAUGGACCACUACCUCAGUUCUGUGGACAUUUUGGGCCUCGGCCAAUUCCUCCACCCUUUG